GAAAAUGAAUGCAGUCUGGCCACAGCCACACACACACUGCCAAAUUCUACUCUCCUCCCUCCUUUUACUUCCUUUAAAUAUCCCCCCUUCCUUCACCGUCAUUACCCCUUUUUUGUUUUUUUUCCCCAAAGAAUCAAACGAUCCAUAUACUUAAGGAAGUAGAAGAAGAAGUUUUGUAGAGAGAAUUUUGGAAAUGGCAGGAAGAGUAGAUCUGGACGGAAAUCCAAUAAACCCAAUUACGAUAUGUAUGAUUGGUGCCGGAGGCUUUAUUGGCUCGCAUUUAUGCGAGAAGCUAAUGUCGGAGACGCCGCACAAGGUGCUCGCCGUCGACGUUUACAAUGACAAGAUCAAGCACCUUCUCGAACCGGCUACGCUCACCUGGGCUGAUCGCAUCCAGUUCCACCGCAUCAACAUCAAGAACGAUUCUCGUCUUGAAGGUCUUAUCAAGAUGGCAGAUCUGACCAUCAAUCUUGCUGCAAUAUGCACUCCAGCGGAUUACAACACUCGUCCACUUGACACUAUUUACAGCAACUUCAUUGAUGCUCUUCCAGUGGUGAAGUACUGCUCAGAAAAUGGAAAGCGUCUUAUUCACUUUUCCACCUGUGAAGUUUAUGGGAAAACGAUAGGUGCCUUUUUACCCAAGGACAGCCCAUUGCGGCAGGAUCCUGCUUACUAUGUGCUUAAGGAAGAUGCCUCCCCUUGCAUUUUUGGAUCUAUUGAGAAGCAGAGGUGGUCAUAUGCCUGUGCAAAGCAAUUGAUUGAGAGGUUGAUAUAUGCUGAGGGUGCUGAGAAUGGCUUAGAAUUCACAAUUGUAAGGCCGUUCAAUUGGAUUGGUCCCAGGAUGGAUUUCAUACCUGGCAUUGAUGGUCCUAGUGAGGGUGUUCCAAGAGUGUUAGCUUGCUUUAGUAAUAACCUUUUAAGACGUGAACCACUGAAACUAGUCGACGGUGGGGAAUCACAGAGAACUUUUAUAUAUAUCAAGGAUGCUAUUGAAGCUGUUCUCUUGAUGAUUGAAAAUCCUGCAAGGGCAAAUGGCCAUAUUUUUAAUGUGGGCAAUCCUAACAAUGAAGUUACUGUGCGGCAGCUUGCUGAAAUGAUGACUCAGGUUUAUUCGAAGGUGAGUGGAGAAUCUUCUCUUGAAACGCCCACCAUUGAUGUAAGUUCUAAAGAAUUUUAUGGAGAGGGGUACGAUGACAGUGACAAGAGAAUUCCAGAUAUGACUAUAAUCAACAAACAGCUUGGCUGGAACCCAAAGACAUCCCUAUGGGACUUGCUUGAAUCCACACUCACCUACCAACACAGGACAUAUGCUGAGGCUAUCAAGCAGGCCAUGUCAAAGACAACUGCAAAUUGAGGGAAGUUCUCUAGGAUGUGCGUCUGCAGGUCUUUCAAUUUCUUUAAAAAAUCUACCAAGUGAAUCUUCUUGUUUCAGUUCUCAUACACGUAACUUCUUUUCGCCUCUCACUUUUUGAAAAUCUAUAAUAGCUGACGGUGUAAGCAUCAUGUAUCCUAUCUUGUGAGUUGUGACAGUAGUCAUUAGUAAAUUGUGUCAUAGGUUGAUGUAAUGUCACUGGAGACUUGUCAACAACAGUUAUCAGGCACUAAAUGAAGGAAAGCCUGUAAUGUCCUUUUAAUAUUUUGUUAUCAUUCAUUCUAUUCUUCUGUAUGAAAGCUUCUUGUAUCAUUUUUUAGACCUGCUGCUGGCUCCGAUAUUUUCCGGUUGUCAUUUGUUCAUCUAUUAGAUUGUUCUUUUUU